UAAUAGCUUGCCGUGUUCCAAUGGAGAGACAAGACGAUGGAGACGAACCAGCUGAGCGCUUAUACAAUCACGAUAGCACAGAGCCCGGCUCUCCUCCUCUGGCUUGUAAGCGCUCUAGCAGCCAGCAGCAGGAGGAGCCCAGCAUCAUGAGGCGUAACGACAACUACCUGCCUGUUCCUGGCGAGGAGAAGACCCUGGAUGCAGACUUUGGCAACAGCAAGACAAAUACCAGUGAGCCAUACAAACAGUUUGAGUCCAUACCACUGGGCUCUCUCCACUCGGGUGAUGGCACCCGGUCCCCUCGGCUAGGCCCAUACUUCGAUGAUGGCCAGCGACGAGUGGACUAUGUGCUGGCCUACAACAUCCAGAAGCCUGGCAGUGUUCGCCGCCAGUCAUCCAGGUUUUCUGACAACACCAUCAUCCGGCGGCUUCGGCGAAGCCUGAACUUGCGCGGCAGCCGGGCCCCUCUGCAGCCCAAAGAGGACCCAGAGAUUGCUGCCCAAGAGCAACGGACCGACUACCGUGAAGAUGACAAGCGCUUCCGGCGGGAGGAGUUUGAGGAAAACCUUCUGGAGAUGGGCCUAGAAUUGGAGAAGGACGAAGGGUCUAAGAUCCCUGGAAUAGGCUUCCUGAAGAUCCACGCACCUUGGAAGGUUCUGUGUCGAGAGGCUGAGUUCAUGAAGCUCAAGAUGCCCACCAAGAAGGUAUAUGAGGUGAAACAAGGCAGUAACGUGGUGGAGAAGAUCAGGCUGUUCAUCCACAAAGUCACGGCUCCUCUCCACCCAAACAUAGAUGCCAACCGGCCGCAAAGCAUCAAGCCACUUUCCCACCCUUUCUCCAGAGAGAAGCAGCAUCUGUUUGAUCUAUCUGACAGGGACAAAUUCUUUGACAGCAAGACCAGGAGCUCCAUAGUUUAUGAGGUAUUGAAACGGACACGGUGCACCAGAGCCAAAUAUUCAAUGGGAAUCACCAGUCUCCUCGCCAAUGGCAUCUACAGUUCUGCUUACCCACUGCAUGAUGGAGACAUCGAGGGGGUGAAUGCAGAAACCAAUGACAGGAAGCUGCUGUACGAGGAGUGGGCGAGCUACAGCGUCUUCUACAAGUACCAGCCAAUUGGUCUCAUCAGGAAGUACUUUGGGGAGAAGAUUGGACUGUAUUUUGCAUGGUUAGGUGUCUACACACAGAUGCUGAUCCCUGCAGCCAUCGUGGGAGUCAUUGUGUUCUUAUAUGGCUGUGCUACUGUAGAUGAUGACAUACCUAGUAUGGAGAUAUGUGAUCCCAGGAACAACAUCACAAUGUGUCCUCUGUGUGACCGGGCCUGCAGCUACUGGAAGCUGGUAACAGCCUGCGGUACAGCCCGGGCCAGCCACCUCUUUGACAACCCAGCUACCGUCUUCUUCUCCAUCUUCAUGGCCCUCUGGGCGGUGAUCUUCAUGGAGCACUGGAAGAGAAGACAGAUGCGACUCAACUAUAUCUGGGACCUGACGGGCUUUGAGGAGGAGGAGGAGGAGCAUAAGGACCACUGCAGAGCAGAUUAUGAGGUCCGGGUCAUGGAGAAGACACUGAGGCAGGAACAUGCAACUCCCAAGGGUGAGAAGGUGAAGCUGACAUGUACCGACAGAAUGCCGGCCUACCUGACGACUGUGGUUAUGAUGGGCUUCAUGAUCAGUGUGACGUUUGCAAUCGUCUUCGGAGUAAUCCUGUACAGGAUUAGCAUUAAGGCAGCGCUGCACAUGAGUUCCUACCCAGCAGCACGAUCCAACAUCCGGGCCACCGUAAAAACUACCGCCGCCAUCAUCAACCUCAUUGUUAUCAUCAUUUUAGAUGAAGUCUAUGCCGCCAUCGCCCGCUGGCUCACCACACUGGAGGUUCCAAAGACAGACAAGAGCUUCGAAGAGCGCCUGAUCUUCAAAACCUUCAUCUUGAAGUUUGUCAAUGCCUUCACUCCAAUUGUUUAUUUGGCCUUUUUCAGGGGCAGGCUUGUUGGGCGUCCAGGAAACUAUCUGUAUGUUGUUGGAUCAUACAGAAUGGAAGAGUGUGCCCACGCUGGCUGCCUCAUGGAGCUGUGCAUCCAGCUGUGUAUCACCAUGCUGGGAAAGCAGCUCAUCCAGAACAACCUGUUUGAGAUCGGCAUACCGAAGCUUAAAAAAUUGCUCCGGAAAAGGAAGUCCGAGAUUGACCCGGAGCAAGAGAAGGAGCUGAACAAAACCUUGCAUCGGCAUGAGAAAGACCACUUCCUGGGUCCCUUCAUCGGCCUCAGCCCUGAGUACAUGGAGAUGAUUAUCCAGUUUGGGAUGGUGACUCUGUUCGUGGCCUCUUUCCCUUUGGCUCCACUCUUCGCUUUGCUUAACAAUAUCAUUGAGAUCCGACUGGAUGCAAAGAAGUUUGUUAUGGAACUGCGUAGGCCUAUUGCUGCCCGAGCCAAAGACAUUGGGAUCUGGUACAACCUCUUGAGAGGCCUCAGCAAGGUAGCAGUCAUUGUUAAUGCCUUUGUCAUCUCCUUCACCUCCGACUUCAUCCCGCGACUGGUGUACCAAUACAUGUACAGCCCUGACGGCUCCAUGCAUGGCUUCGUCAAUCACACCUUGUCUUACUUCAACGUCAAGGAUUUUCAGAAGGACACAGAGCCUCUGCAGCCAAUGCACCUGGGCUACAAGGUGGAAAUAUGCAGAUAUAAGGACUACAGAGAGCCCCCCUGGUCCAGCACACCAUACGAACUCUCCAAGGAAUUCUGGGCCAUCCUGGCAGCUCGCCUUGCCUUCGUUAUUGUCUUUCAGAACGUGGUGAUGCUGAUGAGUGACUUUGUGGACUGGCUGAUCCCGGAUAUCCCCAAGGAUAUCAGCCUACAAAUCCACAAGGAGAAGAUCCUCAUGGUUGAGCUCUUCAUGAAGGAGGAGCAGGGCAAGAGGCUUGCGGCGCGGGACAACCACAACCAGGAGAACUGCACUUCUUCCUCAUCAGCCAAUCAGAGCCCUCUGCAACCUCGCUCGCGCCCCGCCUCUCACCUCAAUGCCGCCAACUGCUAACUUCCAAGCACCAGUGUCUUGGAAAGCAAGUGCAAACACAGCAACAAGCAAAUAGACUAGCUGUAAACAUAGCUAAUAACUAGUACAGCUGGAUACUGGCAGUGCUAACUGCUCACAUUCUACCUAGAUGGUAAGGGUUGACAUAAGUAACCAUUAACCAUCAUCAGGUCAAAGAUUCUGCUGCAUUCAUGUUGUUUUGGGAAUAAUUAGAGGAAUACACUGGUGGUUAAAAGCAACCGCUCAUUUGUAAAAAGUUCAGACCAUUAAUCAGCUUUUUCACACGUGUCUCAUCAGUAUGCAUUGGAGUUCACGCUUUACAGCAAAGCAGGCAUUAUAGCGUCAACCAAGAACCCAAAAUCCAGCAAGGAGUUGUGCCCAGAGGCAGAACAUUAAAGGGUGGUUGUUUCAACCAAAAAUUCAAAUUUGAAAUUUGAGGUAUUUUGAAUAUAUGUCAUGGAAUCUUUAGUACCCCCACCUCAUUUGCAGUAUGGUUUGUUGCAAUAUAAAAUGUCAGUUGUAGUCGAAACAUUCAAAAUCGCUGGCAUGGUCCUUUAAGCAUUGAGAACACAAAAUGACACAAUGAAAGUAGUUAAUUUUGUUGGUUUAAAAUGAAUUUGCCAAUUUCCCCACAUAUAGCUCCAGGUAUUUCCUUGUUGAUGACAUUCAAACUGAGGAAGUUGGAGCAAGCUUGCUUCCCAAAGUAGUUAGGUUGCACUGAAAGCUGACAUAGUAUUUUCUGCUUGGACUGCAUGAGAGCUGUAAUGUGAACAUUAUAUUCAAGUAGCAAGCUCAUGUCUACCGUCUUUCCCAUGGAACAUGAAUGCAGCAUUUGUAUUGCAGAUUGCCUCCAUCUAUCCGUCCAAAUCUUCCUAGGCAGAACUUCCUCUCUGUGGUUUUGGGUUGCAUCUGGUCUAAAGAUAUUUCCUAUCUUCUGUCAGUACCAGGUCACAACAAAUGGGAGUCACCUUUUUCAUAAAAUGGACAAUGAUAUUUCCUUGAAAUGUGCAUUCAGUUACAGGAAAUGAGUGAAAUUUUUGACCAGCCAAAGCAAGCCUGUAGUGCUUGCUAUCAGUUCACCACCCUUCCCUGUCCACGGGUUUCUUUUGCACCAGUGUCUUGUAUACCAACGCUUGAGGGAGAGGAAUCCAAUUUAAGAAGAAAAAAAUGAUCCUAAAAAAUUCCUCAUGAUCAGUUCAAACAGUUUGAAUUUGCCCACGCCCUACCCAGUAAACACCGAUUCACUUUGUCAGACCUGUGCUGACAAGUUCUCCACCUUUGUCCUCUCGUCUCUCCUAAGAUGAGACACGUAUAGAUAAGAAAAGCCUUUGUUUCUUUUUUUUUGCACAAUUUAAUACAAUGCAGGAAUUUAUGUACACUUUUUUAAUAUGCAAAUGUAUAGCUAAAAUAAGCCAUUGUUUUUUAUUUGUUUUUGUUUUUUUGUUUUGUUUUGUUUUGUUUGGGGUUUUUUUGUUCUUUUUGUCCUGCUUCUUGUUCAAACCUCAUAUUUAUGACAGUUUUAAUAAGCUUUGACUAUGAACACAAA